CUAAAUAAUAGAGAGAUAUUUUGAUAGUCUCACUUCUAUCAAUGCAAUGAAAGAACUAUCCCUUCCUAUUUUUUUGUCCUAAUGAGACAAAAAGAGCCUCCUUCUUUACCACUUUAGGGGAUGGGGGUGAAGGGGGUUUACAUACAACCGGGGCAAAGUGGUUUAUGAUUGAAUAUCAGAGGCAUUCUUAUCAUUUGGUAGAUCCAAGUCCAUGGCCUAUUUCGGGUUCACUCGGAGCUUUGGCAACCACCGUAGGAGGUGUGAUGUACAUGCACUCAUUUCAAGGGGGUGAAACACUUCUCAGUUUGGGCCUAAUAUUUCUCCUUUAUACCAUGUUCGUAUGGUGGCGGGAUGUUCUACGUGAAUCCACGUUGGGGCAUCAUACAAAAGUUGUAGAAUUAGGACCUCAAUAUGGUUCUAUUCUCUUCAUAGUCUCGGAGGUUAUGUUCCUUUUCGCUUUUUGGGCUUCUUCUCAUUCUUCUUUGGUACCUACGGUAGAGAUCAGAGGUAUUUGGCCCCUAAAAGGGAUUGGGGUUUUAGAUCCUUGGGAAAUCCAUCUUCUUAAUACCCCUAUUCUCCCUUCAUCCGGAGCUGCCGUAACUUGGGCUCAUCAUGCUAUACUCGCGGGGAAGGAAAAAUGAGCAGUUUACGCUUUAGUAGCAACCAUUUCACUGGCUCUAGUAUCCACUGGCUUUCAAGGAAUGGAAUAUUACUAAGCACCCUCCACUAUGUCGGAUAGUAUUUAUGGUUCUACCUUUUUCUUAGCAACUGGAUUUCAUGGUUUUCAUGUGAUUAUAGGUACUCUUUUCUUGAUCAUAUGUGGUAUUCGCCAAUAUCUUGGUCAUCUGACCAAGAAGCAUCACGUUGGCUUUGAAGCAGCUGCAUGGUACUGGCAUUUUGUAGACGUGGUUCAAUUAUUCCCAUUUGUCUCUAUAUAUUGGCGGGGAGGUAUAUGAAAGAAGGGAACGAAUAAGUGGAUUGGGGAAUAAAAGCUCGAAGACAAAGAGAACUUCUCCGGGUAAUUGGAUCGCCCUGGCACUGUGGUUUAAUGAGCGGAAAACCACUAAAAGCACAGGCGAUGUGCAGGAAAUAGCGGUCCUAAAAUGAGUCUCCCCCAUGAGCAUUUUUCAUCACGAUAUCUUUUUCUUCCUCAUUCUUAUUUUGUUUUUCGUAUCAUGGAUGUUGGUUCACGCUUUAUGGCAUUUCAACAAGCAAACCAAUCCAAUCCCACAAAGGAUUGUUCAUGGAACUACUAUCGAAAUUAUUCGGACCAUGUUUCCAAGUGUCAUUCUUUUGUUCAUUGCUAUACCAUCGUUUGGUCUUGCGUUGCCAGUACUAAUAAUGGCAUUUGUUGUCUUAUUCGGAGUUCAAGGAAUAGCCUUUCAUCUUGGGAAUGAGAAUGUCGCGGAUCUCAAUGUUCUCGUCAUGACCAAUGCUCCUAACGAGGGUGACUUUCCCAUAGACCAACCUCCUGUUG